AAUUUUGAAAAUUGGUUAACUCUGAAUCAAGCUUUUUGUCUAAGAUACCUCAAAGCAUAACAUAUACAAGCUUAUAUCGUCAUUUUCUCCUUCUUUCAUCAGGUAAUUAUUGUUUGGACUAAAUUUUCAAGAGAAAUGAGUGUAUUUCGAAGAUUUGUUGGCUGGAUCAACCAGAACCUACAACAACAGCCUCUUAAGGAUGAGUCCAAGAGAUCUGAGAAUGUUGACUCUAAUUCAGCGACAGAGAAUGAUACUAAUAAACGGGCAUUUUAUUAUGACAAAGCUGAGGCUAAGAAGCAAGGAAAACUUUGGAGAGCUGCAGAGAAGAAGAAACCAUGGUAUGAUGCUCCUCCUAAGGUCAAGGUGACAACAAAAAAGGGUCUUUGCCACAUGCACAUAGAGUUGACAGUAGGAUUGCCUCCGGAAGGGGUCUAUGAUUUGUUCGCUAAUCCGAACGACUUUCCAUUCUUCAGGAUCGACAACGAGACUGGGCGCGAACUUUUGGAAAACAAAUCAAGAAAGGUUUUGAUGAAAGAUGGACCGAGGCAGAGCGCGCGGUUGGAGAAAGCUCUGACCUGGGACGUUCUUUGGUGGUGUGGAGCUUUUCCAUUUACUCUAAUUGUUGAUGAAAACCAAAAAAACUUUAGAGGAAGAUAUAUGAAAGAGAAAAUGAAGUUUAUGAAAUAUUUUGAGGGUAAAUGGAAAAUAGAGCCACUAUACGUAGAUUCAGAACGCUUGUGCAAGGACAGAAAGCCGAAGAGUCGAGAAGAAUACAAAAGAUGUAGCGGCGGAGAAGGAAAGGUUGCAUCGAAAGUGACAAUGGACCAAUACUUCCAACCUUAUUUUCUUCUUAAUCUACCACCACUUUCUUGGUACAUUCGUGGGAUCACCAUCAAAACCACCAAAAAUCUGCUCAUAUUGAUUCAAAAUGCAAGUAUCAUGUUCCGAGACGCUUGAAACCCCCAAAUCUGUCAUCUACCACUUCUACUAUUUUGGUAGUAGUAUUAAACCUAAAUGCUAUAUUUUUAAUCCGAAUAGUGGAAUACUAAACCUCAAAAAUGUAAAUUUUUGAAAAAAGAAAUUUCAUUUUACGAACAUACAAUCAAUAUAUACAAAGUUAGUUUUUCU